GGCCUCCCUUCUGACGUCUUCGGAGAGGAGUCUCUUUUCUCGCGAUAUUUCCGGGUACACGGGAGCCCGGGCGACCCGGGCUUCUGUGAAACAUGGCGGUCGGCUGGGACCGUAACACAAGCAUGACUAUAUGAAGGAAGAGGAAGGUUUACCUGAAGAUGAGGCGACUGAAUCGGAAAAAAACCUUAAGUUUGGUGAAAGAGUUGGAUGCCUUUCCCAAGGUUCCCGACAGCUAUGUAGAGACUUCAGCCAGCGGGGGUACAGUUUCUUUGAUAGCAUUUACCACUAUGGCUUUAUUAACCAUUAUGGAAUUCUCAGUAUAUCAAGACACAUGGAUGAAGUAUGAAUAUGAAGUAGAUAAGGAUUUUUCUAGCAAAUUGAGAAUCAAUAUAGAUAUUACUGUUGCCAUGAAGUGUCAAUAUGUUGGAGCAGACGUAUUGGAUUUAGCAGAAACAAUGGUUGCAUCUGCAGAUGGUCUAGUUUAUGAACCAGCAAUAUUUGAUCUUUCACCACAGCAAAAAGAGUGGCAGAGGAUGUUGCAGCUGAUUCAGAGUCGGCUGCAAGAAGAACAUUCACUUCAAGAUGUGAUAUUUAAAAGUGCUUUUAAAACUGCAUCAACAGCACUUCCACCAAGGGAAGAUAAUCCAUCACAAUCUCCAGAUGCAUGUAGAAUUUCUGGUCAUUUAUAUGUCAAUAAAGUAGCAGGGAAUUUUCACAUAACUGUGGGCAAGGCAAUUCCACAUCCUCGAGGUCAUGCACAUUUGGCAGCACUUGUCAACCAUGACUCUUACAAUUUUUCUCACAGAAUAGAUCAUUUGUCUUUUGGAGAGCUUGUCCCAGGAAUUAUUAAUCCUUUAGAUGGAACUGAAAAAAUUGCUAUAGAUCACAACCAGAUGUUCCAAUAUUUUAUUACAGUUGUGCCAACAAAACUACAUACAUAUAAAAUUUCAGCAGACACCCAUCAGUUUUCCGUGACAGAAAGGGAACGCAUCAUUAACCAUGCUGCAGGCAGCCAUGGAGUCUCUGGGAUAUUUAUGAAAUACGAUCUCAGUUCUCUUAUGGUGACAGUUACUGAGGAGCACAUGCCAUUCUGGCAGUUUUUUGUAAGACUCUGUGGUAUUGUCGGAGGAAUCUUUUCAACAACAGGCAUGUUACAUGGAAUUGGAAAAUUCAUAGUCGAAAUAAUUUGCUGUCGAUUCAGACUUGGAUCCUAUAAACCCAUCACUUCUGUUCCCUUUGAGGAUGGCCACACAGACAACCACUUACCUCUUUUAGAAAAUAAUACACAUUAGCGCCUCCCAAGUGAAGGAGAAAAACUUUUUGCCUGAGACACAAAACCUUUUUUAAUAAUAAAAUAUCGUGCAAUAUAUUCAAAGAAAAGAAAAUAUGAGAAGCAGGAAACAUACUUAUUUUAAAAUGGAAAAGGAAAAAUAACCCCAAACGGAAAUUCUAUAUAUGUUGUGUCUGUUACAAAUGUCCGAGAAGAAAUUAUGCAGCUAAUCAGUGAAUAAGCCCAACAGGAAAUAACUGCCUUGAAAAUAACUCCUGAUACUUUCACAGCAAAUGGGCAGAAUGGAAAUCAGGCCUUGCUUCUUGGUGACAAAAAGCCUGAAGGAAAGAAAUGAAACUAAAUCUAAAGAAAAAGACAUUGAUAAGUGUAAAUGUUUGCGUCCUUUUGUUUUUAAAAGAUAUGGUGUCAGAAUAAAAUAUGGAAAACAUGGAAAACUAGUCUAGCCUUUAAAAAAUUGUGAUCAGGUCACAUUGUUAAUAAAGAAAAACAGGGACUAGUCCCUGUGUUAUAGCCAUACUAAUGGUAAGCCAUAUUGACAGACCACUUAUCCAAGAAUAUGGUCUUAGGAAGGUAACUGCUUUUCUUCGAAUUCUGGGUUUUGUCUUAGAAGACGAGGUGAAUUCUCACAGAGGCACAUAUGUAGGUGCCGUAAUAUGUAACAGAGGUAUCAUUCACAGUUUGGAUAGUGGAGACUUACACAGGGAAAAGAAAGCACAUUGUUUUUUUAAAGAUGAGGGUGAGUUUCCUAAUGUGAUCAUUAUAUUAUAGGUAUACUUUGGGGAGAAUUGGCUGGGCUAUGAAAAGAUCCACUUCUGAUGAUGAAAAUUAUCAGUUUGUUAAAUAUUACGAGGAAAAUUAGAAUAUUUCAUACAUGGGAUGAGUGGAGAACAGGGUAUUUAAAAGUGUCAGGAAAUUUUAAGUACAAUAAGAAUGUCAGGAUCUAAAAGGUACCAUAUUAAACAAUGUCCAUUGAACUGUAAAAUUGGAGUAUGAAAGAAGUGUCUGCAGUGAGGGGGUCCUGAAUGCAAUCGGUUCUGUGUUAGAUUGUGUUGUUCUUUCUUACUAUUUAUGGGUUGGUUUUAAAUCUCCAGAAUAUGAAAGAUUACAAAUAAUAAGAGCUACCAGAUGCCAUUAAAAACUAUAUUUGGAA